AUGGUCGCCGAUCCGAACGCCGCCUCCAUCACGGUCGCAGUUCGAGUGCGACCAUUCACGAUCCGAGAAGCAGCGCAACUAACUCGCAAUGAAGAAGGCACCGUCUUUCUGGGCGACGGCUCACUUGCUGCCGCACCACCCAAGCUCCAAAGGGGUGGUAUCAGGCCAGUCAUCAAAGUUGUCGACGACAGAUGCUUAGUCUUCGACCCUCCCGAGGACAACCCCGUUCACAGGUUUGGAAGAUCUGUGGUUCCCAACGGCAAGAAGGUCAAGGAUCAGACCUUCAUGUUCGACAGAAUCUUCGACGACAAUGCCACACAGAACGACGUCUACGAAGGCACAACGAAGCAGCUCAUCGAUAGCGUCCUCGACGGCUACAAUGCCACCGUCUUCGCCUACGGCGCAACCGGCUGCGGCAAAACACACACCAUUACCGGAACAUCACAACACCCCGGAAUCAUCUUUAUGACGAUGCAAGAACUCUUCGAAAAGAUUACCGAGCGAAGCCAAGAGAAGACCACCGAGAUCACCCUCUCAUACCUCGAGAUUUACAACGAGACCAUUCGCGACCUGUUGAUCCCCGGAGGCAGCAAGCAGGGAUUGAUGCUCCGCGAGGAUUCGAAUCAGGCCGUGUCGGUUGCUGGUCUGACAAGCCAUCACCCCAAGAACGUGCAAGAGGUCAUGGACAUGAUUGUGCAGGGUAAUGCUUGGCGUACAGUCUCCCCAACGGAAGCCAACGCCACCUCGUCUCGAUCUCACGCUGUUUUGCAAAUCAACGUCUCGCAGAAGGACCGCAAUGCGUCUGUCAACGAACCCCACACCAUGGCAACUCUCAGCAUCAUUGAUCUUGCUGGCAGCGAGCGUGCCAGCGCCACCAAGAAUCGCGGCGAGCGUCUGCUUGAAGGCGCAAACAUCAACAAGUCUCUUUUGGCCCUAGGAAGCUGCAUCAAUGCCUUGUGUGACCCUCGCAAGCGCAACCACGUACCAUAUCGCAACAGCAAACUUACACGACUUCUAAAAUUCUCCCUCGGCGGCAACUGCAAGACAGUCAUGAUUGUCUGCGUCAGUCCUUCAAGUGUCCACUUCGACGAGACACAAAACACCCUUCGAUACGCAAAUCGAGCCAAGAAUAUCCAGACAAAGGUGACUCGUAAUGUCUUCAAUGUCAACAGACACGUCAAGGACUUUUUGGUAAAGAUUGAUGAGCAAAUUGCUCUCAUCAACGAGCUCAAGGCCCAGCAGAAGGAUGCAGAGAAGACGUUUUACGCAAAAUUCCGCAAACAGCUGGAGAAGCGCGACUCUAUUGCUCGUGAGGGCGUGCAGCGUCUCCGUGUCGCGUACGAGAACUCGGCCAACGAGAGACGGGAUAGAAUCAACAACAUGAAGAAGCUGAAGGCUUUCGAGCGACGCAUCAGCCUGCUCUCUGCCUGGAUAGCUUCUUUUGACACUAUCUGUGACCAAAGAGGUGACGAGGAUGCGAUGCCCGCGACACUUGUCGCCAUUCGCAAAACUGCGCAAGGAAUCAUGGUAGAGCUGGAGCACAGUCGUCAUCACAUCCAUCAAAAGCUGGAGAAUACCAACUGGGAGCGUGCUAUUGACACGGCUCUUCACCACAGCAUCAAGCAAUUGCCCGGAGGCGAAUCCGAUGCCGCUGAGAUUGAUACUUUGACCCGAGAGGCUGAGCUUCUGAAGGCCAACUUUGGCAGAGAAGCCAGCCAUGAGGUUCUCGAGAUGGACAAGGUUGGCGAUGCUGCCAUGAUGCAAGUUCUUCUGACGGCGCAAUUCGAUAUCCUGGCAUCCCUCGAGGAUACGCUAACGAUGAAUGAAGAGGAUGCCGUCGCUCACGCCAAGCAAAUCAUCAACCGACUACUAGAAGCCGGCUUCUCGGCCGCAUCUCAUGUUGUCAAGCCUGAUGGUGCCAUGAUCCCCGUCGAGAAGUUCUCACCCAGAAAACAGGGCACGCCUAAGCGUAAGAAGGCAGUCGUCAACAACACAUCUCCCAUACGCCAGCCGGCCUUUGUUCCUCCGUCUGAGCCUGCACCUCAGCCUCAUGCGUCUCCCAUAAAGUUGUCUCCCCGCCGUAGGAAGGCGGCGGCCCCAAGAAGUCCCCGCAAGGGAGUCUCAUUUACGCCAGUAAAGAGAAAGUCGGAAGCUAAGCGAGGUGUUCGCUGGAGGGACGACGAGACAGAGUCGGGACUGGCAGACUUUGAGAAGACGCCCAAGAAAUUCGAGGGAACGCCAGAUCACAUGUCACCAGAAAAGGGACUGCGAAUGCCUGCUCUUCCUUCGUACCUGAGAACAGCAUCGUCCAACUCGGCCAACUUGGGCUCAGACGACAGCCCGACUCUGGAACUCCCCGAGUCUUCAUCCAUCCCUCCCGCGAAGCCCAACAGAUUCCAGGCUGGCUUCCUGACCAAGGGUCGCAUCUCGUCGAUUGGCUCCGGAUCACCAACUGUACCAAUUCCGACAAUGACGUUGCCCCUCGGCUCUUCUCCGUCCUCAGACAACGGAGAUCGAGUGGCUCCCCUGCGCGCACUGGACGUGCAUCGUUCCUCAAACUUGUCGCCUCCGGCUUUCCGCUCUAGAAUCGCGAGAGCCAGCCCUCCUCCGAGAACAUUCUCCGGCAAUCUGUCUGCCGAUGAGAACAACCCCCCCUCACCGCAGGGCCCGUCCGGAUCAGAGUCAGAGUCGCCUAGCAUUGAUCCUAGAAAGAUUCGAUCGGCCCUGCACUCGAUGAAGAAGGUCCGCGGCGAGCACCGACGCGUGUCAUCCAUAGGAGGGACGGCGGCAUCCAAUGCCAGACGCAUCUCGUCAGUGAACUCUAUCGGCUCUAACCACCGCGCGUCGGCAAGCUUUUCCGGCCCUAUGGCGAGCAGCACAAACGGAAUCUCUCGAUCACGACGUGCCAGUGCGGAGCGAAGGCUCUCACCGCCCAUGGUCUGCUCACCUCCCGACUUUAGGAAUGACCGAGCAUUCACGGCGGGACAAGCAAGGCGCAUGCACUUGGGAGGCAGCUUGAGGCUGGAGGGAGGUAGCCCACAAGCGCCUCAGCACAGAAUGGCUAGCGCCGACUUCAAGAACCGUCGCAUCACAAUCGGAAGCCUGGCAGCGACCGGUAAGAUCGAAAAGGCACAUGCACCUAGGCCCAGCGUGGCAGGUUGGCGUUGA